AUGGCUCCAGAGUUGCCUUUCCAGGCACGAUCAAGGCGAUCAAAUAGCAUUUCAAAUAGCAUUUCGAGCGACAGACCCUCCGCUGCUGGAUAUGGAGGCUUAAUUUCACCUCCUACCACCGUUCUGCCAGACCCAGCUUUUAUCGCAGCUUCUGCAGCAUCACAAAUCGUAACCAAUGAUCAUGACAGCCAAUCUGACAGUUGGUUAGAUCAGCAUGGAAUCGAGCCGUCGGGAGAGACCGCGAUGGUCACACCCGCUGCGUUGAAGCUGAUUAAUCGUUUUCUGGACCAACUGCUGUUCAAUUUUCUCUCUGUCUCGAAAUCAACAUCACUCGCAUCACUCCGGCCAGCUGUUACCGAGGUUCUCAAACCAAAGCUUGCCAAAGAUGCAAUCAACGGUGCCGAACAAGAACUGCAUGAAUACCUGGGCGGUGGCGAUGAUGAUGAGUUGAUGGCAUUUCACAAUGGGCUGGAAUCAAGCGGCAACUGGGAUUUAGAGUUGAUUUGGAAGCGUACUAGAUUACGAUGCAUGGUUUACUCGUCUCUUGGUGACAUGGAGGAGGAAGAUGAAGAUCAUUGGACCGAGAAGGAACAUUUGGAAGAUUCUUCUGGCACUGGCCCCGGUGUUGUUUCUCCCGCAGUCGCCAUUUUCCUCACGUCAGUCUUGGAGUUUAUGGGUGAACAGGUAUUGGUAGUGGCAGGCCAAACUGCAUACCAGAGAUUAAGAACGAAACUCGAAAAAGAGGCAAGGGAUGGUACUAGCACGCUCUCCGAUAUUGCAGAGCGAGUUGUCGUGGAUGAGAAUGAUACAGAGCGGGUUGCUCUUGAUAGGACUCUCGGUCGACUCUGGAGAGGCUGGAAGAAACGCCUACGCUCACCUACAGCAUCUAUUUCAAUGGUCAGCCCCUUCCCACGCGAUUCGUUGCCCGCUAGCCAGUCAGAUAGCAUCGCUAUCGAUGAUGCUAUGGAAGACAGCCCGAAGUCUCUAGCUGCAGUUCUCGCCGAGUAUGAGCACGCAGCUGGCGUACCGCUUCCAUUGUCGUCCGACGACGUAAGAGAGAUUGAGAUUCCCGGUCUCGCGCUGCAAAUUGACGACGAAGAGGGCGAAGAGUCUGUCAUUGACGAAGAGAUUCAGCGUCCACGUCCAAAAAGCUUAAUAUUGCAUAGCCAUGGAGGUCUCGGCCCUCUAACACCCACCUCGCCGCAUGAUGUUACAACUUUAAGCUCAAAUACAAGGAAAAGAUCGCUUUCCUUGCCCACACCUGCCCCGUCUCCGUAUUCGAAGCGCCAGAAGCCAUCAGUUGGGAUUGAAGGCGACGAAACUACGGCCCAUGGGUCGAUUGUAGAUGACCCGACUCAAGAAGAGAGAGAGAAAAGUGAUUCGGAAUCAAGGGGUGUUAUGGCCGGUGUCGUUGCGGGAGUAACUGCCGUUGGAGCAGCGGCUGUCGCAGGAAUUACUGCCAUUGCUAAUGGAGGAGCCCCUCAGACUGAAGUUGACUCCAAGUCAGAGGUCGACCCAGAAGAGUUCGUGGAAGAGCCUAAGAUCAUGACCUCUUCACGAAUCUCAAUCGAUGGCUGCGUCUCCCCCAUCGAGCCACCCAAAGCCAUUUCUAGUCGUCCAGCCACCAGAACCUCAAGUAUUCACUCAAUACGAGUUAUCGAUGUCCCUUCAAGAAGCCCGUCCAUUUCACAAGCCGGCUUAGGAGAGGGCAGCGAUUACGUGUCUGGAAGGCCUGUGAUUAUUUCCCCCUCCAGCAGUGUAAGGUCAUCACUUUCAGAUUCACAGACACCUAAAGUUGCGAGUCCAGUCUCUCGGCUUUCAAAUGGUAGUCCUCAUGCCCGCGGAGGCUCUCUCGUUCCGAUACACACCAGGAGUAGUGCUGGUGGAUCUAUUUCAGAGGCUGAAGAGCUAAACGAGCCGCAAUCAGCCCCUAUAACAGCGGUGCCAUCUGAUCUUGCCGCUGCUAUGGCUGGUGUGGAUUUCUAUCCAAGUCCAACAACACCCCAAUUCUCAUCGAGUAAAGAGGAUGUAUCCCCACCUACACCACCUGGAACUUUUGUACUUUCACCAGCUCCUGCAUCCCGCCAAUCUCGAGAAGCAGCCAGCUCACUCGAACCCCAAGCUAGUCAAGUUAGUGAACCUAAUCAACGCUUGGGAGCUAUGUCAAGGAGUCCUGGUGUCGAUAAUGGUGCACCUCCGCUUACUCCUCUACGAGAAUUGGUGGAAGUAGCACAAGAUACUUCGGAUGAAUCCGGCUCUAAUGCUCCAAGUAUUUCGGGCAAUUCACGUUCUCUUUCUGGUUCUACAUCUACGUUGCCUUACAUGCAAAGAGCUGGAGAUCAGCAGAGGUCAGCACGUGGCUAUCCUUCCAGCACACCCCUCAGUUCUCAGCCGCGCUCAACCAGAGAAGAUAUUGCACAAAAGGCCCCCGAACGCCCGAGAGGCCACCGCUCGGCAUCUACCUCAUCAUCUGCCUCCCACAAAGUGAAGGCGAUGCGCUCGUCGGAAGACAGUACACCAAGUGUAGCGGAUCAUAAGGGGCAAAGCUUUGAGCAGCUCAUCAGGAGCGAUCAGACAAUUCAGUACACUCUGACGCCGGAGAACAUGCGUAACAUCGAGUCCCCAGAUAGUUCCCGUCAUGGAGUCCCAGUGGUAUCAACUACAAACGACGGUGGCCGACCACCUAGUGGCCGAUCGCAUUCAUCCUCCGUCACAAAAUUAUCAGCGCUUCGUUCUAACCCGCCAGGUGACGUUUCCACUCCGGCUCCGAAGUCACCUCAAUCAUCUAAACAGCACAAGCCUGCUUCAAUUAGUUCCAGCAAGACAACAGGGACACGAGUUCGGUCCAAUGCCCCACAGGCCCGGGAUGCUCGAGUGGACAGAGAUUCUAUUGGCGACUUCGCUGAUUUCAUCAGAAGCACAGGUCCUGCUGAGUCUUACGAGUCAACUCCUCCGCGCUCUGUACAGACACAUCGUGGGACAAAUGGAAGCGCACGGAACGUCAGUGCCACGUCUUCACGUGUUGCCACUCCUUCAACACUCCCUAGACGCUCAGAAUCUACCAUUGGUCGGGCCAAGUUACAGGCUCGCAAUGCCGCGGUUACAAAGGGCGACAGUAUUAGCGAUCUGAUAGAUUUUGUCCGGUCUGGACCACAGCUUGAUAAUGAUAACCAUCGGAUCCCUCGUACUGUAGCACCUUUCAGAACCACCAUGGAUUCUGACCAGAUGUCUGCCGGUGUUGGUGGCAGGGCUGUCGAUGCUGCUUUGCCUGAUUCUCGAUACAGUCAAGCAUCCGCAUCUGUUGAUAGCUCUGUUAAUUCUCAAAGCGCAUUACUUAGCCAUGCUUCCAAGAAUAAGUCACUCCCUACUCAAAAUCGCAACAACUUCGACGAGGCGGAUAUGAUGCCUAAACGGAAGACCCGGAGGGUACGAGAUCCUUACGCCAUCGACUUCUCCGAUGAUGAAGAUGAAUUCGAGGCGGCCGCGCCGAGGGCCAAGGCCAAACCUAUUCAAGAAGAGGAGAGCUUAGCCGACUUCCUUAGAAAUGUUCCACCUCCUCCAGAGCCUCCAAUGACACGUGUCUUUGAGCCAGCCCCGAAGCAGAAUGGCAAGAAUGGCGUUUCAAAGAAAUCUAGCACUACUAGUUUGAUGUCCCGCUUUAGCCGUAGAGAAUCUGGUCCACAAAUACCUCCGAAACCAAGGACCUCGGGACAUGACUCUAUUGCUCCGCGGGUCAGGAGGCCUUCGUACACGCCCAUUGCCGCUAAAUACAGCACUACUUCAGUACCCGCAUCGAACCAAAAGUCGAAUGGUGACAAUUACUCGUCUCAGGUAGAUUCUGCCAGAAAUAGGAUGCAGAAGAAAAGUUACCAGCCCAGAGAAGCGGUACUACCUUCAAGCAGAGGGACCGAUGACCUCGCGGACUUUCUGAUGAAGAGCGAGCCACCUAUGCAAUCCGAACCUCGAACCUUCGCGCCUACUCUACAAAAGGAGGAAGCGAACGCCUUCCAAAGAAUGUUUGGCCGGAAAAAAGUCACUUGA